AUGAUUUCUACUGUUGCGGAAAGAACAAAAGUUACUACACACACUAUGAAUCCUACACAACUCGACAAUGCGGUUGCUUAUGACCUCAUCACAGAAGCUGAGGGAGAACUCCUUAAGUAUGCUGAUGUUGUCUCAAGCCACAUUGAUCGAUUCCAACAUAUCAGAAAACAACAUCAACUUGGAUUAAUCGACGAUGAAACAUUUCUAAACUAUAGUGCCUCUAAAUUCAAGGGCAACAGUGAGGAGCUGUCUCUCUCCGACUUCCGUGCCCGCCUCCAAGUUGUUUUUGCCCGCUUCCCCGAUGCCUUGUCCAGCGAUGAGGAUAAAAUCAAUUAUUCCCUCCAGUGACUAGAUGGCGACACAUCUCGGCACUUCGCUCCAUACAUCAAUGGAGAACUUGAGGAUGUCUCUGGUGUCUUGACUUCGUAUGAGGUAUUCAUCGAAACCCUUGAAGAAUUCUUUGGUGAUCAUCUUGAACAAGAAGACGUCGAGCACCAGCUAUCCUGUAUCCGCCAGUCAGGUUCCAUGAUCGAGUACGUGACAGAGUUCCGCC